AUUUUUUUUGGACACCCGCAGGGUGCAUUACGUAACUCCUUGCAAGGCCGAUGUUGGCAAAUCGAGGAGUACGAGAAAGGAAAGCGCGUGAGGGGAUUCACGGACAAAUCGAGAAAAAGAAUGGCAAACACACACUCCAUUUAACGGCGGAAAAAACUCCGUUGGUGUGAAAAUCGGUCUCGCUUCUGCGAGCAACACACACAUGACAUUUUCCCCUCGCAAAGCUUACCCCCUCCUCACGAUUCCACGUGUUCCGCACGAGCCACUUAAAACGACUCAUCAGAGAUUUAAAAAAUUAGGUUUCAGGAGAAGUAGAUCCGCUUUGAUGCUUAUUGGUGCCGAAAACAUCGACCAAAUUGCCGAACCUUCAUCCAGCCGGCCUGCAAUCGCUGCUACGAUCGAUCCCUAUGUUCAAACAAAGCAUGCCUCACAUGCUGGAGUUAACCAUUUAAAGACGGCCUUAACAACUCAACUUAAGCUCCGUCCAAAUCAAAGAAACCGCUACAACACCCUCUCAGCUUACACAAUUUAAAAGCGAUAACCCCGCUCUCGACUCCACUGCCACCGAAAACCUCCCCGCCUUUGUGAAAUACAGCAACGAGGCAGCUGGACAUGGGUCCCCUUAUAGAUACUGUGGUUCGUUCAAAGUCAUGCCAUUUUUGACAAUAAAUCAGCCAAUUCUUUGUCCUUGUGGUAGCUGAGAUGCGAGGAGUGUUCCCUGCCGAACGCUCUUCCGUUGCAGUUUCGCGCCAUUAUUUAAAGCAAGUGCAUCACUGACGUUGGCAUCAUGCGUCAAGAAAGGUGAAUAACGAGCUGCAUCGACAUCGUUCUAUUGCGUUUAUCGCAUCUCUCGUUAAAAGACACUAAUUCAUCCCCCGCAGUCCCCCA